AUGGACAGAAAAUUCAAGGCAGUUCACUAUCAAUUGGAGGAUGAGCCUGCGGCCCCACCAAGACAAGCGAAACAGAAACCUCAGAGCAAGCCGACCACUGGUACUGCUGGGAAGGACAAAACAGCGAAAGCCUCACCAUCAUCAUCCCCAGAUAGAGAAGCAGCUCGUGGCGAAUCUGUCGUUCUUCGAGAUCGUUUGAGAAGCAGAAAUAAAACAACUUCACUGGAAGAAACAGAAAAAUUGUUGGAGAGGCAGAAAGAAGAAAUUCGAGAUCGAUUCAAGGAUGGCGCUAAUUUUGCAACAAAUAAACGCGCUGUGCGCAAAAUGACUUCAAUUACAACGUACAAGGAUGCCAGCGAAUAUCCGAAAGAUUUGAAACCAAAUAGAAUCCACUUGGAUCUCGUCAAAGAAGCCGUGUUGGUCCCUCUUCCUAAAUUUGGUCAUGUUCCAUUCCAUGCUUCAACAAUUCGAAAUGUCUUUUGUCAAGCUGAAGAUAAAAAGUUUCAUGUUUUGAGAAUCCAGUUUCAAGUUCCCGGUUCUGUCGGUUUUGGAUACAAAGCGGAUGAGAAUCCGUUUCCAGAAGUUUCUGGUCCAUCUGGGAUGUUCGUCAAAGAGCUCAUUUUCCGAUCUUCAAAUCCACAACUUCAACAGACAUUUAAAAGUCUAAAAGAUCUUCAAAAAAGAAUCAAACAGCGGGAAGAGACUGGUGAAUAUAGACAGUGGAUAUGUUUAGGAUCAGAUAAUAGAAUAUACUGUUUGAGAUGGUUUUCGUUGUGCUGGUGUCGUCAAACGCCCGUUUGUUUUUCAGGACACAUCGCAGGACAUUGCAGUCCAAGCACCGCUGGAGUUAAACCGAAAAGGAGGGAAACGGGUUCUUUUGAAAAGCGUGAUGGUGAAAACAGGAACGCAGACAAGAAGAAUCGCUGGAACACUCGAAGCGCAUGUCAAUGGUCUCCGAUUCCAAGGUACGAAAGUCCUCGUCUCUGUUCUCGUCAAUGCUAUGAGAAUCAAUUGUUGCAGAACCCAAUUCUGGUGAACAAGAAAAAAGUCACUGAUAUUCAGUUUUACACUGAAGUAGGAUCCCAAACAGACGAUCUGGAUCAGCGUCGCGGACGAAGCGCUUACGAUCCCGACGAAAUUGCGGAGGAGCAGCGUGAACGGGAAAUGCGCAAAAGGUUAAAUGUCGAGUUUAAGCGGUUUGUCGAGGCGGCGGAUGAAUUUGCACGAUCGAAUGGGGAACAUCUCGAGUUCGAUUUACCGCAAAGGUAA